CGAGAAGGAAGGGAGGGAGAGAGAGAGGGAGGGAGGGCUUGUCCUUAUGAGGUCUGCGGGAGUGUGAUGACUGCGAGACACGAUCCGUAAGCACGAAUUCUUUACAAAAGGGGCUGAUCGCGGCUGUCGUGCUUUAGAGGCGUUGUUAAGGAGGAGGCGCGGAUCGGAGCGCGAGCGACGGGAGGGGAGGAAGGGAGGGGAGGGGAAGGGGCAGGAGGAAGGGAAUUUUGGUGGAGGAGGAAUUGGGCGAUUGGCGACGAGGAGCGGGAAGGGAAUUCGUCGAGCGGCGGGCGUUUCUUGGGGGCGGAGGAUUGACAGGGUUGAGGACGAGUGCGAGUGCGUCAGAAUGGCGGACGGUGUGGGAGCCGAGAAUCUGGUGCAGGAGCUGCGGGACGUGUUUGCCACCGGGAGGACCAAGAAUUUCAAAUGGCGCGUCGAGCAAUUGCGAGGAUUGGCGCGGUUCGCCUCCGAGAUGGAGAAGGAAAUUUGCGAGGCCGUGCACAAGGAUCUGAGCAAGCCGGCGUUCGAGUGUUACACCUCCGAGAUCGCGACUCUUGAACGCUCUGCCAAAGAUACCGAGAAGGACCUGCCCAAGUGGAUGAAGCCACAGAAGACUCCCGUACCAAUCGCAGCUCAGCCGGGGAACGCCCAGAUAAUAUCAGAACCUCUUGGAGUUGUUUUGGUGAUAUCAGCAUGGAACUACCCUGUCUGGCUUUCCCUGGAGCCGGUCUUAGGUGCCAUCGCGGCUGGAAAUUGUGUUGUGUUGAAGCCCUCCGAGCUUGCUCCCGCUGUCUCAGCGCUACUUGCGAAGUACAUUCCACUGUACGUAGACUCGAGUGCAGUCAAAGUGGUGGAAGGUGGAAUUCCAGAGACCACAGAACUUCUCGAGCAGAAGUGGGAUAAAAUCUUCUACACAGGAAAUGGAAGAGUAGGAAGAAUUAUUUUGACGGCUGCUGCGAAACAUUUGACCCCUGUGGUCUUAGAAUUGGGCGGCAAAUCACCUGUUAUUGUCGACUCCACAGCUGACAUUGAGGUAGCAGCAAGGCGUAUUUCCUGGGGAAAGUGGGCUAGUAAUAACGGGCAGGCUUGCAUCUCUCCGGAUUACAUUCUAGCUGAAGAGUCAAUUGUACCUAAACUGAUCAGCAACCUCAAGGACAGUUUGAAGGCGUUUUAUGGGGACGAUGUUUCCAAGGGUGAGAUAUCUCGGAUCGUCAACAAAGUGCAUUAUAAUCGACUUCUGGGUUUAGUGAACGAGGAAAGAACGUUGGACAAGGUCGUUCACGGGGGAGAGACGAAUGAGAACAAUCUGUACAUUGCUCCAACUAUUAUUCUGGAUCCUCCUCAAGAUUCACCGAUCAUGCAGGAAGAAAUUUUUGGUCCUCUGCUGGUGAUCCUAACUGUCAAAAGUGUCGACCAGGCGAUCAAGUUUGUAAACUCCAGACCAAAACCACUAGCGCUCUAUGUCUUCAGCAAUAGCAAGGCUGUUCAGCAACAAGUUAUCGAAGAGACCUCAUCGGGAGGGGUGACUGUCAACGAUACUAUGCUUCAUGUGGCAACAAGCGGCCUACCUUUUGGGGGCGUUGGAGAUAGCGGCAUGGGAGCUUAUCAUGGUGUUCACUCAUUCAAUGUCUUCAGCCACAAGAAGGCGGUUCUAUACAGAGGUUUCAGGGCAGAUAACUCAAUAAGAUAUCCUCCCUACACCAACAAGAAGCAAAGACUGAUUAGAGCCCUAAUGUCAGGCAACUUCCUCGGCCUGAUUCUCAUUUUGAUAGGUUUGAAAUGAGCAAACUGGUUCGAGAAGAGAAUCUGAUUUCCUACAGAGCAUAGGAACCUGCCUACAUUGUCAAGGUGAGGAACAAGCCCUGAGUACUAACCUGGAUAAACUGACAGCGAGGGGUAGCGCGCACGUAUGGAGAUCAACAGUGAGGAAUCCAGAAUCCCACAGCUAUGACUGCUAUAAGCCAAACGUAGAUAUCUUAUCAUCGCCUCGUUCCGAGGAAGAAUGCAAAAGAUCUAAGAUCAUUCUGGCCCUGCACUCAGUCCCUAUUCAUCAUGUACACAUGCAGGUCCUCUGCUUACUACCUUCGGGUCUUAGAAUUCCGAGCUCUUUGUAGUGUUCGUAGAAGCUGAUUCGUUGUACCAUACGCUGAAUACAUACAACCAUCAUUUGUUUGGUACCAACAUGACAUUUCAUUAAGCUCCAGUCCUAUAGGUCUAUGCCAGUUGAGAUGAUGUAAGGUUGCUGUAUAAUAAUUUCAAAUUCAGUUUAACCUCG